AUGUUCUGGAAUUUAUACGGUACUUUUACUUUAGUAAUUACUUUAUUCAGUAGUAUAAAACAUACAUCUAAUUCACCGUUACAUUCAAGAGAUUAUGUGAAUUCUAUUGAUCAUUCUAAAUUUGACAAUAUAAAUAAUGAAGAUUUAUUAGUACAUGAUGUAUUACCUUAUAUUCCAACAUCAGUUGAACCGUCGUCGUCGUCCUGGUCGUCAUCAUCGUUAUUAUUGCCGACAAUAGGGUCAGUAUCAUCAUCUAUUUCAUCAAUACCAAAUGAAGAAGAAAUAUUACGUUUACAAUUAGCAUUAGCUUUACAAAUUGAUUCAGAAGUGAAUAAAGCAAUUCAUUUAGAGAAUGCUGCUAGUGAAUCAAUUCAACAAGCUGAUUUAUUAAAUAAAGCAGCUGAUGAAGCUAAAUAUCGUGCUCAACUUGUUGGACAAAUAUUGAACUCAUUAAAACAAUCAUGGAAUACUACUAAUAGUAAUAAUAAUAAUGACAAUAUCAUUGAUAAUUUUUCAAAUGAUGAUAACAUUCAUGAGAAGCGAGCAUUUAUAGAAGUGCCGAAAAUAAAUCAAGACUACUUACUUGAUGAAGAAGUAGGCGGUCAAAUCAUUACUGAUUAUAAUGAUAACAAUAGAGAAAAACGUAACCAAGACCAUCGUGAACAUCAUCAUCAUCAGCAGCAGCAGCAGCAUCAACGUUAUGAGAAUAUGAAGAAAAAGAGAAAUCUUUUCCCUGUACCUGAUCCACAUAAUGAAUUACAUGUUCAACACUUAUAUGAUUAUCCUCUUCAUGAAUAUAUAGAAGAUGAUGAUGAUGAUGAUAAUGAUGGUGAUGAUGACGACGACAAGAAUAUGAUACUAAAUGAUUCUGAACAAAAUAUUAAAAAACAAUUAACUUUAGAAAAGAUACGUUUAUUAAUUUUAAGACAAUUAAUAAAACAACAAAGGGAAUCGAAAGAAAAAGAAAAAGAAAAAAAAGAAAAGAAAGAUUAUAGACAACAUCAUCUUUAUCAUUACGAUCAUUCUCGUGAUAAUAAUCAUAAUGAUUAUUUACAACUUGAUAAAAAUGUCAUCCCUUUACAUAUGAUUAAUCAAUAUCCAAAUCUAUAUAUUGAUCGACGAAUAUGGAAAGAAUUACAUAAUCAAUAUGACAAUGA